AUGGGCAUUAAAGGCCUCGUGAAAUUUUUGCAAGAGAAUGCUCCAAAAUCUGUCAAGGAGAUUCCAAGCCAGGCUGCCUACACUGGACGGCUGAUUGCCAUCGAUGCAAGCAUGUGUUUGUACCAAUUCCUCAUCAUGAUCAGAGAGAAUCGGUCGGGAACGUACAACAACCUGACCAAUGAGGAGGGACAGGUCACAUCUCACAUCAUUGGAAUGUUGACAAGAACCAUCAAAUUGAUGGAGAAUGGCAUCAAACCGGUCUAUGUCUUCGAUGGAAAGCCACCAGAAAUGAAGUUGCUGGAGCUUGAACAACGCAGGGAGAAGCGGAAGGAAGCAGAGGCAAAUCGCCAGGCGGCUGUCGAAGCCGGAGAUGCGGAAGGUGUCUUGAAGGGUGCUAAGGCCACUACAAAGGUGACCAAAGAGCAGAAUGAGGAAACCAAGAAGCUCCUCAGAUUGAUGGGUGUGCCAGUUGUGGAGGCUCCAAGUGAAGCUGAGGCGACAUGCGCUGCCUUGUGCCGAGACGGCAAGGUCUUUGGCGCAGCGACAGAGGAUGCCGACUGCCUUACGUUUGGAACCAAAAUCCUCAUCAGGAACUUGAUGGCAGCAGAAUCCCAGAAGAAAACGAUCCUGGAGGUGAACUUGGAGCUAGCGCUUCAACAGUUGAAUGUCUCGAUGGACCAAUUUAUCGACUUCUGCAUUCUGUGUGGCUGCGACUACUGCGACACUCUGAAGGGUAUCGGUCCCAGCACUGCCAUCAAGCUGAUUCUGCAGCACGGCACCUUGGAGAAGGUCAUUGAAGCUAUUGGGUCUGACAAAGUGCCAGAAAAUUUCAGAUACGAGGCAGCUCGAAUGUUCUUCAAAGAGUGCGAGGCCGUAGACACUGCCCAGUGCGAGUUUAAGUUUGAGGAACCAGACUUCGAAGGCCUCACGAAAUUCCUGGUAGAGGAGUGCACCUUCAGCAAAGAGCGUGUUGAUCGCUACAUUGAAAGGCUGAAAAACUCUAAGUCAAGGACGAAACAGCGGCCUUUGGACAUGUUCUUUGGUACAGCCAAGGUUCAGAUCAAGGAUUCCGAGAAGUUCGAUCCUUCCAAGAAGAAGGGUGGUGCCAAGGCUGAUUUGCGGUGGCUGCCGCCAAAGCGGGCACCAAGCGGCCUGGGGCACCUGCUGCUGGUGCAGCGAAGCGUGGCAAGAAGCCACUUGGAUGCUGGACAAAUGGAACAGCAAUGGAACAACAAAUGGAAAGGUUCCGUUGAGCCAGUUCGAAGACUGCGGAAAGAGCUUUUCCGCACACAGCAGUGGGUAAAGUACACUUCGAGUGAUUGGUCCCUAGCUGAUACGGAGUACGAUCGCGUUCGGCGAGCGCUUGAUGAGGAAGACUCUCAGUGCUUGCUGAUGUCAAGGUUUGAGGAUCGUGUGCCAACUGCCUCAGUGCGCACAGCAAGACGGAGCAUCCAGGCAAUCCUUGAUGCUAUAGAUGACUUGCUUCUACUGGUACCAGAAAAAGAGCAGGAGGCUGCCAAAACGGUGGCAGAUACUCGAAAGAUUCCGACAGCAACGUCAGCGCUGCAAUGUUUAGAGCUGUUGAGAGCUGCGAUGAAUUUCUGUAGUUCAAGGCGACAGUUACGAAAGGCUUGUGCCCUUUCACUCAUUUUCCUGGUGUUAGGAGCUAGCUUUGGCCCACCUCAGAUGACAGCACUUCUUUCGUCACCCCAAAGCAUUGCAGAUCUCAUCGAUCGAGCUGGUGGUGUUCGGAUCCUCCUUGGUUCUAGUGCCAUUGGUGCCGUUGCUGGUGGGCUGACGCUCACAACUUUGCCCAUUGUGAGUUCCUUUGGAAUUCCCCUGGGUGCUGUGGGCGGUGCUUGGUGUGCGCAGCUUCCAGAUGAUGGCACCACUGCUGGGAAGGCCGGCCAGAUUUGCAGGGCCUUAGGUCAUGCAGCCACAGCCUUCUUGAAAGAGUUUCAGUCUGAGUACCAGAAGCAAC